UCCACCGAUAUAUACCAGCAAGAUGUUGCGGUCAACUGCUGCUAGGCGUCUUGCGGCUGUCAAGGUCGUUGCUCCCGUUUCCCGGGUGCGCGCUCUUGCCACCGUCGCCGAUGCGCCCGCAAAGAAGACCUCCGGCUUCGGUUUGAAGGACCAGGACCGUAUCUUCCAGAACCUCUACGGCCAGCAUGGAUCCGACCUCAAGUCCGCCAUGAGGCUCGGUGACUGGCACAAGACGAAGGAGAUGUUGUUGAAGGGACACGACUGGAUCAUUUCGGAGUUGAAGGCGUCUGGUCUCCGUGGUCGUGGUGGUGCCGGUUUCCCUACCGGUUUGAAGUACAGUUUCAUGAACAAGCCUGGAUGGGAGAAGGAUGGUCGUCCUCGAUACCUCGUUAUCAACGCUGAUGAGGGUGAGCCUGGAACUUGUAAGGACAGAGAGAUUUUGAGGAAGGACCCCCACAAGCUCGUUGAGGGAUGUCUGUUAGCUGGACGUGCGAUGAACGCUACCCACUGUAUUAUCUACAUUCGUGGUGAGUUCUACAACGAGGCGUCAGCUCUUCAGACCGCUAUCAACGAGGCGUACAAGGCUGGUAUGAUGGGUAAGAACGCUUGUGGAUCUGGAUACGAUAUGGAGAUGUUUAUCCACCGUGGUGCUGGUGCCUACAUCUGUGGUGAGGAGACGAGUUUGAUUGAGUCUAUUGAGGGUAAGCAGGGUAAGCCCAGACUUAAGCCUCCGUUCCCGGCCGAUGUCGGUGUUUUCGGAUGCCCUACCACCGUCACCAACGUCGAGACAGUCGCUGUCGUUCCGACCAUCUUGAGGCGUGGUGGUGCCUGGUUCAACGCUUUCGGUCGUGAGCGUAACUCCGGUACCAAGCUUUUCGCCAUCUCCGGUCACGUCAACAAGCCUUGCACGGUCGAGGAGGAGAUGUCUAUUCCUCUCAAGGAGCUUAUUGAGAAGCACUGUGGUGGUGUUCGUGGUGGAUGGGACAACCUUCUCGGUAUCAUUCCCGGAGGAUCCUCCGUCCCUGUGUUGCCCAGGCACAUGUGUGACGAUGUUUUGAUGGAUUUCGAUGCGUUGAGGGAUGUUCAGUCUGGUUUGGGUACGGCUGCUGUUAUCGUCAUGGACAAGUCUACCGAUAUCGUCAGGGCAAUUUCCCGAUUCGCCUCUUUCUACAAGCACGAGUCCUGUGGUCAGUGCACGCCUUGUCGUGAGGGUACCACUUGGCUGCAGAAGAUGAUGGCCCGUUUCGAGAACGGUAACGCACGAUCAAGAGAGAUUGACAUGAUGUGGGAGUUGACUAAGGAGAUCGAGGGUCACACUAUCUGUGCUUUGGGUGAUGCCGCCGCAUGGCCUGUGCAGGGUUUGAUUCGUCACUUCAGGCCGGAGUUGGAGAAGAGGGUUGAGGAUUUCGCGAGGUUGAAUGGUGGUGAGGCGUUUGCUGGUGGACACCUCCCAAACUCGGAGAAGAUGAUGGUGCAGAAGGACACCCUGAUCGCUCCUGGACAGUAGAGGAGGGGAUCCGAGAGUUUGUAAACUAGUAAUAUCUUUUAGAAAAGCAAAGCGUUUGUUUUCUCAUUGAACGGUCUUGUUAGUUGGUUUUUUUGUGCUUGGUAUAUCAAUGG